AUGCGUUAUGAAGGUUUUGGUAAAAAUGAAGAAACUGACGAUAAUGAUCUCAUGAUGCCUUCAGAUAUCAAUACUUCAGCUAUUACAUCAAAUGUGUCAUGUCAUUCAUCAAUUUCAAGCAUAUCCACACAUAUUACUUCUACUUCUAGAGAUAGUGGUCCAAUGGAUAAAUUUCAUCUAUAUCAAAUGGUUGGAGUUUUAGAUAGUCCAAGAAUUGAAGAAGAUUAUUUAGAUCCUGGUGAAGAAUCCAGCGAUAGUAAUCACAGAAAUAGGCGUAAAAAUACUAAUAAUGAAAAUAUAGAAGCUGUUGAUGAAUUAAUAUUACCAAAUUCCAUUUGUGGCGAAAAUAAUAUAAAUGGUAAUGAAUUAAGUUUUGAAAGAAUAAUGAAUUUAUGGAACCAAAUGUUAAGAAAUGAAAUAUUAGAUGAUGAAUCUGAUUUAGAGGAUGAAAGUAAUGAAAUGGAGAAUUUUGAUAUUGAUAAUUAUCUUUCUGAGUAUAAACAUCCUCAACGAGAUUUUACAGCAAAAUAG